GGUCUCCGGGGCGACGCGGAGGGUCCGCGCUCCGCCGCCCCCGCGCCCCCGCCCCGAGUCCGCAGUGCAGAGAGUGGCGGCGAGCAGGCGCCGGCGCGCUGGCCCACGUGCCGCGCGGAGCGAGGGACCGCGAGAGGAAGCGGGAGAGAGAGCCGCGCGGGAGAGCCGGGGAGAGAGGCGCGCACCGCCCGGCCGCGGCGCCGCGCAGCCCCUGCGCCCCUCCUGCUGGGGCCUCCGCCGGGAAAGACCCCGACCCAGAGGAAGGCUGUGGAGACCUGGGCCGUUCUCUCCGAGUCCUAGCCGCCCUCCACCCCACCCCCUGCCUCAUUCUUUCCUCCCUCUCAGCAGCACCCUCCCUGGUCUGCGUCGGGAACGGUUUCCUGCCCGUAGUAUUAGCCCCGCGCCGGCAGCGAUUGUGCACGAUGGCGGUGACGUUGCUGCAGGACUGGUGCAGGUGGAUGGGCGUCAGCGCUCGCAGGGGCCUGCUCAUUCUGGGCAUCCCGGAGAACUGUGAUGAAGCCGAACUCCACGAGUCCCUGGAGGCCGCCCUGUGGCCCUUGGGCCACUUCACCGUGCUGGGCAAAGUGUUUCGAGAGGAGGAUAACGCCAGUGCGGCCCUGGUCGAGCUUGACCGGGAAGUCAACUAUGCUUUGGUCCCCAGGGCAAUCGCGGGCACCGGGGGUCCCUGGAACGUGGUCUUUGUGCCCCGUUACUCAGGCGAGGAGUUUCUCAAUCGCGUGUUCCACUUCCUGGAGCAACAAGGGCAGAUGGUGGAGACCGUGGCUGGGGUCCUGGGCCUGGGACUGCGCAGGGUGUGCUGGCUCCGAUCGGUCACUCAGGCCCUCCAGCCCUUGGUGGAGACCCUGCGGUACGAGCGCCUGGGCGUGUUUUCCGGGAGGGAUCCGCUCGCCCCGGGGGAGGAGCCCUUUGAGGCCUGGCUCGACCACGCCUCCGACAUGCUACAGGUGUGGCAGAGUGUCUCAGAAAGGGAGAGGAGGCGGCGGCUGAUGGAAGGCCUUCGAGGGACAGCCCUGCAGCUCAUGCAUGAGCUCCUGGCGGACAACCCCGCCAGGACGGCGGAGGACUGCCUGGCGGCCCUGACCCAGGUGUUUGGAGACAACGCGACCCAGAGGACCAUCCGGAUGAGGUGUUUGACCGCUCACCAGCAGCCGGGCGAGGGGCUUUCCGCUUUCGUGUUGCGGCUGGAAGUCCUGCUGCAGAAAGGCAUUGAGAAGGGGGCCCUGGCCAGAGGCUCAGCUGACCUCCUGCGCCUGAGGCACAUGCUCACCAGGGCCAUCGUUCCUGAGCCUCUGGACGAGGUACUGAGGAAGCUGAGAAUGGCUGGAAGGUGUCCAAGUUUCCUAGAGAUGAUGGGAAUUGUUCGGGAGUCUGAGGCAUGGGAGGCCAGUCUAGCCACGAUCGAGAGAGCCCAGGCAGAGGAAAGGGUCCGUGCCCAGGCACAGGAAAGGGUCCGUGCCCAGGCAGAGGAAAGGGUCCGUGCCCAGGCAGAGGAAAGGGUCCGUGCCCAGGCAGAGGAAUGGGUCCGUGCCCAGGCAGGGGAAAGGGUCCGUGCCCAGGCAGGGGAAGGGGUCCGUGCCCAGGCAGGGGAAUGGGUCCGUGCCCAGGCAGGGGAAAGGGUCCGUGCCCAGGCAGGGGAAAGGGUCCGUGCCCAGGCAGGGGAAUGGGUCCGUGCCCAGGCAGGGGAAGGGGUCCGUGCCCAGGCAGGGGAAAGGGUCCGUGCCCAGGCAGGGGAAUGGGUCCGUGCCCAGGCAGAGGAAGGGGUCCGUGCCCAGGCAGAGGAAAGGGUCCGUGCCCAGGCAGAGGAAUGGGUCCGUGCCCAGGCAGAGGAAAGGGUCCGUGCCCAGGCAGAGGAAUGGGUCCGUGCCCAGGCAGAGGAAAGGGUCCGUGCCCAGGCAGAGGAAAGGGUCCGUGCCCAGGCAGAGGAAGGGGUCCGUGCCCACAGGCAGAGGAAAGGGUCCGUGCCCAGGCAGAGGAAUGGGUCCGUGCCCAGGCAGAGGAAAUGGUCCGUGCCCAGGCAGAGGAAUGGGUCCGUGCCCAGGCAGAGGAAAGGGUCCGUGCCCAGGCAGAGGAAAGGGUCCGUGCCCAGGCAGAGGAAGGGGUCCGUGCCCAGGCAGAGGAAGGGGUCCGUGCCCAGGCAGAGGAAGGGGCCGGUGCCCAGGCAGAGGAAGGGGCCGGCGCCCAGGCAGAGGAAGGGGCCGGUGCCCAGGCAGAGGAAGGGGUCCGUGCCCAGGCAGAGGAAGGGGUCCGUGCCCAGGCAGAGGAAGGGGCGGUGCCCAGGCAGAGGAAGGGGUCCGUGCCCAGGCAGAGGAAGGGGUCCGUGCCCAGGCAGAGGAAGGGGCCGGUGCCCAGGCAGAGGAAGGGGCCGGCGCCCAGGCAGAGGAAGGGGCCGGCGCCCAGGCUAAGGCGGAGGAUGACAGCAUGGAGGAGAGGCAGCUGGAGGAGCCGGAGUGGGAGGAGGAGGACAGUCACGAUCGUGACACUCUCCCCACAGACCUAGGUCAGGCAAGCCCCUCAGAGGCCCCUGGGGGCCCCACUCCUGCCCACAUGGGCCGAGCUUCCAGGGCGGGCCCAGGAGGUCCUGGCUAUGAGCCAGAGGGCCUCCCCCAGGCCAGAGACGAGGAGGCCGGAGAGCCCCCCGAGGAGGGGCUCGAGCCCAUCCCAGAGGGGUUGGGAAACGUGGAUGGGGCUGGGGAGACGAUCCCCCCCGUGUCUCCUCAGGCUAAUAGGCUCAGAAGGCCCAGGGCCCCUCUCCUCUCAGGCAGCAGAGCUCUGGAGGCAGGGGGAGGCCAUGCCGGGGCAGCAGCCUCACCCCACGUGCGGGGCAGGGCCGAGGGAAGGCCCCACCCAGCCCAAGCCAAGACCCCAGGCACUCCACCAUCCAUAAGGGGACCUGAACACCACCAUCAGCCCUUCCAAGUGACCAGGAUGACCACACUUGACACCACAUGGGGCGGGGAAAGGUGUCCCCCUCCCCCGCAACCCAUGGCAGCACCAUACCUGGCCCCAGCCCCAGUCCCAAUCCAUGCCAACUCAGGCAGCCAGUCUGGGAAGCACCCCUGGGUGGCUGACCCUAGCCUAGGUGAGGGGCACCAGGAGCCAUCUGCCACCUACACUGGACUGGGAGAUGUUGGGGACCGCCUCAAGGGUGCCAGCCUCUUGGGUCUCCCAAGAGGGAGACCCUCAUGUGCAUCCCCCAGGGCACCUCGCUCCAUGUUCUGGGAAACCCGCUUGUGUCUCUGUGGGGCCCUUAUGACCCACGUGUCACGUUACUCCCCCACCCCACUAGGUCCCGUUCCUGUGCAGAGCCUUGAGGUGUGCAAGAGCCCGCGGUGGGUGUCCUGGCCCACCGGGGCAGCCACCCCCCCAGCCCGGGGGCCUGCCGUGAGCCUCAGUGGCGACCGGGGCUCCGCUCGCUCUCUCUCCCAGUGUUGUGAGCUCCACCGCUGCUUUCUCGGUGUAGAUUUAAGCCGGCCGCUGCUUGUUCUCGUGGAGAUGUGUGUGUGUGUGUGCUUCUCUGAGCGGCUGUCCCCAGCCCCAUCUCCGAGAUCCCCAGCCCAGUUCCAGGAGACGGCCGGAAGGAUGCCCGAGGGCACGGCUGCUGCUCGCCCCGUGACCUCGGGAAGGAGGAACCAACCAAGGACCGAGGUGGCCAGCGGGAGUCUCCACGGGAACCGUGCUCUGAUGUGCCACCCCGUUGUUUCUUGUGACUCCGUGUCCCCGGCUUGGCCGAGUGUCCCCUGCUGCGUUUUCCGCCAUCCCGGGACUGUCCUGUGCAGACCAUGGGGCGGGACCAGGCCCCAGCCUGUCGGCCAGAGGGGAGGGUGCGUGCCCUGGGGUGAGGGGACGUGCGUGGCCAGCGUCCGUCGUCCUGGCCAGAGGUUGAUUGUGGGGCCCCCAGGAAGGGAGACUGAGGCGGGAGGGCCACGGUGUUGGGGGAAGCAGAGGCACCUCGUUUGGGACCCCAAGAGGAGGGGGAGGCCAUGACCCAUGGGCUCUAGUGGCCGUUAGAUGUUCCUCUCUCUGUUGUCAUUCCCUGUCUUCGAUGGUUUCAGUAAAUGUUUCUCUUCAAUAAAGUUUAUUGAAUGUGUCA